UUGGAGUUGGGAUCAAACACAUUAUCAGGAAAUAUUCCUUCAUUUAUAGGAAACCUCACUCAAAUAAACGAACUCUUUUUAGAGCAUAACAAGUUACAAGGAAGUAUUCCCGCAAAUAUUGCAGGCCACCAAUAUCUUCAAUAUCUCGACUUUUCUUACAAUGGCUUGAGUGGUGCUAUCCCCAAAGAGGUCUUUAGUCUUUCCUCCUCUGUCAUACUAGACCUCUCAAAAAACUCAUUUACUGGAAGCCUACCUGAGGAAGUGGGCAAUCUAGAAAGUGUCAGUGCGCUCGACCUCUCCGAAAACAAUCUCACCGGUGAAAUCCCAAAAACCAUUGAAGGUUGUGAGAGUCUAGAAUCCCUUUCCCUAAGUGGGAAUUCCUUUCAAGGAACCUUGCCUUCUACUUUGGCAUCUCUAAGAGGUCUUCAGUACUUGGAUCUUUCGAGGAAUAACUUUACAGGACCAAUUCCAAAGGAUUUAGAGAAACUUACUGCAUUGUUGAGUUUGGAUCUUUCUUUCAAUGAUCUCGACGGAGAAGUGCCAAGAACAGGUGUUUUCCAGAACAUAAGUGCAAUAUCAAUAGCUGGAAAUAAUAAACUUUGCGGUGGUGUACCUGAACUGCAGCUUCCAGCUUGUCCAAUAAAAGAAUCCAAAAGGAGAAAAAUCAACGGUCGAAAACUAACAAUCACCACGGUUUGUGUAGGAGUGGUUCUCCUUCUAUUCUCGGUUUUGGCCAUUUACUAUCGGAGGAGGAUAAGGAAAUUGUCUCCUACACUCUCUACAAUCAAUUUUCUUUCAAAGGUUUCAUACAGAAGUCUUUAUCAGGCAACUAAUGGAUUCUCCCCAAGCAUGUUGAUUGGAACAGGUAGCUUCGGGUCUGUAUAUAAAGGAAUUCUUGGUCAAGAAGAAAAUCCCAAAGCAAUAAAGGUCCUCAAUCUCCAACAGAAAGGAGCUUCCAAGAGUUUCAUUGCUGAAUGUAAUGCACUAAGAAAUAUCCGUCACAGAAAUCUUGUGAAGAUAUUGACAUGUUGCUCUAGCAUGGAUUAUAAUGGCAAUGAAUUCAAGGCUUUGAUCUUUCAGUACAUGUCAAACGGAAGCCUAGAGAGGUGGCUCAAUCCGGUGACGUCCAAUGAUGAAACUCAGUCCACGAGUUUAAGCCUAACUCAACGACUAAAUAUUGCCAUCGAUGUGGCUUCUGCAGUUUGUUAUCUUCAUCAUCAUUGCGACCAACCGAUCAUCCAUUGUGACCUGAAGCCUAGCAACGUGCUUCUUGAUGAGGAAAUGAUUGCCCAUGUAAGUGAUUUCGGAAUAGCAAGGUUGAUCUCAGACGACAUUAACUCCUCUGAAAGUCAAACUAGCACAAUUGGAAUAAAGGGAACCAUUGGCUACGCCCCUCCAGAGUAUGCCAUGGGUGGUGAGCCAUCAAGAGAGGGAGAUGCGUAUAGCUAUGGAAUCCUCAUAUUGGAGUUGUUCACUAGAAGGAGACCUACUGAUGAAAUGUUCAAAGACAAUUUCAAUCUUCAUAAUUUUGUUAAGAUGGCAUUACCAGAGAAAGUGGUGCAAGUUGUGGACCCUACUCUUGUUCCUCGAGAAGUAGAAGAAACAACAAGAAGAAGAGGAGAAGAAGAAAGAAACUGUAACAAGAAGUGCUUGGUUUCAAUCUUGGACAUCGGACUUGCCUGUUCAGAAGACUCGCCAAAUGAAAGAAUGAACAUGGAAGAUGUGAUCAUGAGGCUACAACGCAUUAGAAAUGCUUUCAUUGGUGAAAGAAACAUCUAA